UGCGAGCGCGAGCAACAUCAUUUUCGCCCUCUCUCGUUCUAGCGCGCUACAGGUUUCGAAGCAUAUGGUCGCUCCCGCGACGCUUCACGCUGGCCGUCCCACCUGUUCCUUCCCACCGGUCUCUCGUACAAACCUCACGCAACCUUUCAUAUCGAUCUUGGAACGCUGGCUUGCGUUAAGCUGAACGUUGUGCGGCCGUCGUACCACAGUAUUGCUGAAUGUCAAAGGUUUCGGCUUGCAGUGCGGCAGUGUGGACAGGCGAAACCCCGUGACAGCUGACAUCUCCGCCGAUGUCAAAUAGGAGAGUGAUUACAAACUCUUGCGGUGCUGGUGACUGUGAAUAUGUACUGCUUCAAGACGCAACAAUGAAGAUGGAGCCAUAUGAUCAUGAUCUGAAUGUCAACCAGGACCUACGAGGGUUUACCCUCGGCUAUGGAGUGGCCCAGCUGUUUGGUCUGGGCUGCGUCCUCAUGGUGGUGGUUUGGACGAGCCACUACUUCGGUGGAUUCUCUGGCCCCAGCAAUCCCAAAACAGAGUUCAACUACCACCCGGUCUUUAUGGUUUUGGGCAUGGUUUUUCUUUAUGGGAAUGGUAUCCUGGUGUAUCGUGCACUUAGGAGUGAGCGCAAGUCACGCCUCAAGCUACUGCAUGGUGCCCUGCAUGGCCUGGCCUUCCUGUCUUCUGUGGUGGCCCUCAAGACUGUGUUUGACUCACACAACCUGGCCAGUCCACCCAUUCCCAACCUCUACUCGCUGCACAGCUGGAUGGGGCUGCUCACUGUGAUCCUCUUUUCCGCACAGCUGCUGUGUGGAUUCGUGGCUUUCCUGUUUCCUGGAGUGCGCCAAUGGUUGCGAGCUCAGUACCUGCCACUGCACGUCUAUUUUGGCCUGGCCAUUUUUGUGCUUGCUGUGGCCACUGCUUUAAUGGGGAUCCUGGAGAAGCUCAUCUUUGCACUGAAAGCAGACUACCAAACGCUGCCCGGAGAGGCUGUGCUGGGCCACAUGAUAGCAUUGUGCAUGGUGUGCUUUGCAGCCAUGGUGGUGUACCUGACCACCCGAACUUCAUACCGUCGAACGCCUUUGCCAGAGGAAGCCACCCUGCCUUUGCAAGCGCACACACCCACUGACUGAUAACAGAACUAAAACUAUGACCCAGCUAUGGCUUUGAAAACUGCCCUUUUGAUCUGAUUUCGUGUACAUGUAUCUUUCAAACUGACAGUAAUGAUCUCUGAACAGUAGCAAAAUGUCUUGGGCUCUAAUUGGCUCGCUCACUGGCCUUUACUGGCUUUCGUUCAUUCUCCUUUAUUGCUUUCACUCUUUAUAAUUUUUUGUUUAUUGAUUGCUGAUCUCUGUGCUAUAUAUCGAAAAAACAAGGAUAUAAUGUUUUUGGUUUUGCUGAAUCAGGUGAUAUAUUUUAGAAAGACUCUGCCCUCGAUUGUCUCCUGAGGAGUCUUUGAAUUCAAGAUUGUGAUAGGGGUUCUGUCAAAAGCCAACUCUGUUGUGAAAGAUUCCUUGUUUUCGUUUGUUCUUUUGAAAACAUUGCGCUUAUACGUGCAUUUUGCCACAGACUUUAACGGUUUUUCCUGUGCUGUGGCUCUCUUCAUGUUUAGGAAUAAAACGGACAGAAAUGAACAAUUUCAACUGGCUGUCCAAACUGCAGGGGAAAGGGUUAAUGAAAACAUUAUUUAGCUGUAAGGGCCUUUGACGCUUACCCCUUGUUGCCACAAAAAUAUUUUUGCUUUUAAGUUUUUCUACAAGACUAUAAUCUCUUUAAAAAAUUAGCUGAAAGAAAGUAAUAAGUUGCUUUCAUAAUGCUGAAUGAUAAAACUGCAUAUAGAACGGAUAUAUGAAAAUAAAAAUAUUGAAGAGACCUACAUCGUACUAAAAUAUGGGGGUUUUGUGAGUUUCCUUUCUUUUUUUUUUAAGCCAUAUUUCAACUAUUUUUACAUUGUGCUUAUUUCACUUGCGAAUCUAAGAACUGAGCGCAGGUCAGUUAGAAUUGACAUAUCUUCGUGUAGUAAAUGAAAAAAAAAAAACUGCCACAGUAAUUUUUAAAAGUGUGGAAGACAUCCUAGCAGUUCUGAGAGAGUCUUCAUAUUAUGUUUUUUCUGUCACGAGGCAGCUUGCGUUUGUUCAAAGUCGGGCAGCUUGUCUGACUUAGAAAGUUGUUUCACUUGUGAAAACCUGCGCAUUGUUUUUUUAAGAUAAACACUGUGUUAAUAAGUACUUCAUCCGCAUAGCACAACAUAACACUGGUUCUUGGUGUUGGUUGUUGGUUUACAGUUUGACUUUAACCACUGUGAUGUUUUCAAGUUGGUUUUGCUAGUUUCUCUUUGAUUUGGGACGAUUGGAGAACGCUUUAGGGAGCUUGUCAUUCAACGUACGUUGUAGCUUCUGAAGCAUUACUUCUUGAGAAUCUUGAGAAUCUCUCCUGCUUUUUUCCUGAUUCAAAAAGGCCGUUGCCAGCUGUGGAACUAUGGAUAAUUUGUCGCCCUUUCUUUGUUAUGUUGUACAUUAGUCAUUAAGUUUCAUUUUGCUGACAAUAGUAUUGCGGUAGGCAUGUGCGCAUUAUGCUUAUGCUUGUGAAUGUCACAGAAAAGGAUUGUUCCCAGUGCUAUCAUGCAUUGAGGAUUUCAUUAUUGUUAAGUGUUUCUUGGACCUUUUCUUUUUUCUGGUGAACUGGCUUUUUAUAAAACAAAGGAUCGAUUAGAAAUAAGUAAAAUAGGUGAUAAAGAUUGCUUGCAAUCUUACUUUUCCUCAGCUGGCGCAAGUACCCCCUUCUAAAUAGCUCCACAAUGGUUGCCCCCAAAUGGGAUGUUCUUUUUACGUUGUGCAUACCUGGCAAUGUGUCAAAAACGCAUUGCUCAUUUCACUCUUCUCUCCUUUUUUUUUCUUAGGUCAAAAUCAUAUGUUAAUUGGGUGUUUAUCUUCCUUUGUUUAUAUCUCCUUAAAAAUUUUUAUAGAAGUAAGUCACUGUAACAUACACUGUGCUGUAGAUAGGGUUCGGUAUUUAUUCUCUGGGACUUAACAUAUGUUAACUUCUUUGUUUAUAUAUUACAAGGGAAAUCAGUCUUAUCAGUUUGAAGUGGUAUUUGGUUUUAUCUUAACCUGUUUCAGGCACUUAUCGCACAUCUUUUAUGUUUGAGAUGCACUUGUUAAAACGAUUUUGCAUCUGCCACGAAAAUAGCUUGGUUAUAUAUGAUGUAUGUUAUAAAUGUACUUUUUUAAUUCAGUAAUAGAGGUGAGACAGUAUUUUUUACUUCAUUUUUGUCAAAUUCUUCACUAUGUCUGUCCUCAUUAUGUUGAGUUUUCUGUACCUUUUUCUGUGCUGUAAAACCAUAUUUUAUUAAUUGUAGCUCUUCAAAAUUAUUUUUGCAUAUUUGGGUGUAGCUGUCGGUCAUCGUAUUUUCGUGGUCUGUCGCAUCGGUUUCGUGGUUUUGAGACAUUGGCUACUUGAUUGGAAUCACCAUUGUGUUCAUGUGGUACAUUUUUUUACUGUCAAUCUGUCUAUAUUCAUACUUGUCAUUUCUUUUUUUGGUGAGGUAAAUAUUGGCUCGCUUGUUGAUGUAUCUCAUGCAGAUGCCAUCUUGUCUAGUAAAAUGAUGUUUCGAAUCAUAAUUAUUUUAUGCCUGAAGAUUUAGUUAAUUAUGUGUGUUUUAAAUUUUAAUGUGGGUAUGUGAAGCAAGAAGAGUCUCUUUUUUAAGAGAGUACGUCUUGGAAACAGUUUAGUCAGAGUAGCGAUCGCGUGAAAUUGCUUUGCUGAUUUAGUCAGCCCAAAUUUUACAUUCCUAUCCCGUUUGUAUAUUACAUGUCAUUUUUGCUAAUCAGAAUAAUCCCAUAAUAGUGUUAUUAGCAAACUUAUGUUCUCUUAUUUUCUGUCCUCAUAAAUUUGUCAUAUAGCACAUUAGAUGUGUAUUUGUGUAUUUUAUCUUUUAACUAUUUGUAUACAAAAGAAAAAAACAUGCCUUUUGUGUUGCAAUUUUUAGAGGGCUGUGCUCUCACAAUAGUCUUUCGUGGUACUUGUCUUGUGCUUUGCCAAGCUUGAAUGAUACAUUUAUGGCCUCACCUAAUGCAUGUCAGGAUUUUCUUAAUGAAGUUGUUUGUUCUUUGCUUGGUGAAAAGAAAAUGCCGUUUCAUUUCUUCAUUAGGCCCAAUGUGAUCUUGUUGUUGAUGCAUGAGGGAUGCCAUGGAAAUGUUGUAUUAAUGUGCUGCAAACAUGUUGCAGGUCUGGGUGAUAUAUGUUUGCCUAUGUGUCAGUGUUAUCUGUCUUGCAGAUGAAGCCUAAUGUAUGUACUAACAUGCUGUGAUGUGCCACCAUAGUUAAAGUGUAUACCUUGUCGUGUAUGCGGAGCCUAGUCUUGUAGUAAUGAAUGUCGUGUAUCUGUUACUGCUACUGCUGUAUUCAGAGUCUUUUUUUAUAAAUAUUUCUAUAUGGUGUUGUACUACUAUGAGAAGGGUAUGUAGCCACUGUUGUAAUGACAAUAUGAUAGUGGGAAAAAUAUAUAUAUAUAAACACUGUCAUCUAUUUGACUGGAAGGCGACUCUUAAUGAUGAAUUUGUACAUACAUUAGAUGAGCUUGUGUUUAUUGAAUAGAUGCGAUUAUCAACUUCAACAGUAGCACUUGUGACUGUAUUUGUCUUCUUUUUAUUUGUAGACUGCCCAAAGAUUUUUCCAUUAAUCUUUUUUUCUUCGUGCCCUUCCUUAUUAUUCAGCGAACUUUGAAUUUUCAUACACUGUGCUUGGACUAGGCUGUAUUGCAUACAAGCUGCUUUUAAGGACCGGUGAGGUUUCCACUUCGCCAUGCCAUUAUGUUAUUUCAGUCCUUUGUUUUGUCUUGAUUCUCAUAAUGUGACCUUUUUGUACUGGUAUUGCCUUAUGUUUAUAUUUUCAGGGAUAAAACCAUUUUCAUAUUAUUUUAGAUUUUAUUUGUUAUACUGCACAUUAUCCAUACAUAUCGUUAGCAUUGUGUAUGGUUAUAGCAAACCUAGAAUGUGGUUGUGGGAGUAAUUCUUACACUGCCCAUGAAUGUAAAUUUGGCUUAUUUUUUUUCUGAGGAUCAACUACUGAUUGUGAGAUCAGUUUCUGAAUACUGAUGUGCCUGCAAAGUGCUUUGAGUUUGUGCAGGUUCAUGUCUCGUUCAUAGAUGUUAUACAGCAUUGCAGAGUGCUUAUCUUGAAGCAAGAGUGAAAUAUGUUUGUAACACAGUCUAGUAAAACAUAUUUAGAGUGCACCUUCUUUGUUACCAGUGCCUACCUUGUGUUCUUAUGUGGUCUGUUGCUUUGGUUUUUUGGGAGCUGUAUUCUGUGUUAAUCAUUCUUAUAGCGUUAAAGCAUUAAAGCAGUUGAGUCUGGUCCAAUGAGAAGUUGAUGGCAACAACAUUUAGGGGCGCUGCAGCAGGGAAUCGCUGUGCAAACGGGAAGAAAUGUGCGGCACAUAAGAUACAUGGAAGUAAUAUUUUCCUAGAUUGAAGCCACAUCCUGCUUGAGUGGCCAACUUGGAGACACUUGUCACCAAUGUUAGAUGAAUGUGCAAAUGCUCUAUGUAGGCCCUUUAAUGUUGCUGUGGAUGCUGGCUCCUUGACCUAGCCGAUCGAAGCAGUAGAAAGUACUGAUUGUUUCUUUCACACAUUGACAUGACAGGUCGUAACCAAGAACCACCGAUUCUAACAAGAUGUUCCUAUGGGAAAUGUGACAUCAACAAAUGCCUGUCACUGAAAAAGAAGCAUUGCGCUGGAUGGUAUGCAAAGUGAAGGUGAAAGUAGUGCUGAAGCUCAUUGACAGAAAGCAUGACUCUUGUUCACUAUCAUGACAGUUUGAGCUUAUUGAUGUGCCAUUGUAAGUAAAUGUAUUGAAUAUUGCAAGUAAGUAACAAGAAAAUAAAGACAGAAUGCUGGGUCUUUUUUGUUUUCUUCUCACCUGCACUGUUCAAAACAUCUACUUACGAUCAUUCUUGUAUAUCACAAUGGACUUGUUAAGAUUAUCAGGUGGAGUUUAAGCCUGUCUGAGCCUCUUUAAUGCUAAUUAGCUUAGCUUUUAUAAAGAAUUUUCGUGUAGCUUUCAUCAGAAAGCCGACCAAGUUGAAUUAAGUGGAACUUUUUCCAAUGUUUGAUAAGGCAUGGUGAAACUGAAUAGGGGGAGCCCAUUAGAGCUUUCAUCACUUUUGUUUGUAUACACGCACUUAUAUAUAUACAUAGAGGUAGGUGGUGUAGAUAUAUUGUUAAACCUGUUCCAUGCAUGGUAAUGCUUGGAAAGAAAAAUCCACGUCAUGUUGCGCAGAAGGUGAAGCUCUUGAGGCUUUAUGAAUAAGUGAUUGUGCUGGUGUUAAUUUUCUGUCUGCUUUAUAUGUGGAUGCAUUGGUAGACAUCCAUUGUACAUGUUGAAGCCACUUGCCAUUUUGGACUAAAAAUGCAUAGAGGACAGGCUGAGUAAUGACAAGAAAAUGGGGAGAUCUCUGCUUCUGAAUUUAAAAAAGUAUGCGAGGGAUUUAGAAGUGCUCAUUGUUCAUGCAAGAGAAAGGUACCCAGUUAUUUAAAGUCUCGCAUAUACAGUGUAGUUGAGUGUCUCCUACCACCUAAUUUCUCUUAUGUACAACAUUCCUCUUAUACCUUUUUUAUCCGUCCCAAUUCAUGACAUUUGUUAUCGACUUUACCAUAAUAAUCCUGCAGAUAAAUGCUGUCGGUGUCUUCGCCAAAACAUUAAUGUGAAAGCAUGCUUUUGCUUGGACCUUCAUAUGUAUGAGCUAAAAGAAAUUAGAUGUAUGAACCCGUGGAUAGACUCAACAACUUAUGCCAAUUGGUAUGCUAAAUUUUGCAUUACGUACCUAAGGUAAAUCCCUGUGUUUAAAAUCUGUAGCUACAUAGCCAAAACAUAUCAGUAUGUCAUAUUAUUGGAAAGACAUGUCUAGUGCAUUUUCUAGUUUGUAUUUGAAUUUAUGUUAUAUUGCAACUUUGGCUUGCUGACGUGAAUUGAAAGUGUGUUGCAGUCUGUUGCUGUGUGGUUGUUUUUGUGUGCGCUAGCAUGUACCCACUGCUUAUUGUCUUAAUACACAUUGUAGUCUGUUACUGUUGUAAGAUUGCAUGGCAUAUUAACCAGGCGUCACUCUCGUGACUAGCGUUGCUUCUUUUGCUGCUUUUGGUGAGUAAACUGUUGACGCAAGGCUGGAUCUACAGCACCAUUGUCUUUCCAGGUGUGUCUUUUUGUGAAAUUGAUGUCUAUGUAAUGUAAAAUAAAAACAAAUGGGCAAAGCA